UUUGAGUCACGGAGUAGGAGUACCAAAAGGUUGCAAUUAGUUCACUUGAAUAAAGGACACUGCCUCUGAGUCAGAGCUGCCAGGUUGAUAAUUAUUAACAUAUAAAAGCAAACGCAGUGUUUAAGGCAAAAGGGGCGGGGCGGGGGCAGGCCCGCCGCAGACAAUGAGCACGAGCCUCGGCGGACCGCCUGCUGCUCAUUGUUCCGGGACUUGAGGCUGCAGCCUCUGCGAGUUCCUCCUGCAGGGUUCUGUUCCUGGCUAGCACCUCGAUCCCUCUGGGGACCAUGGGGGGUGACACCUAGCUCUAGCCCCUGGGUAUCGGUACUCCAGCCCCAGCUGCAGCAAUCUACCUGACCAUCAAUUCUCUGCUUUGUUGUCAGCUUCACGACCCAGUGUGUCUCAAGCCUUGCGGUGGACACUGAACGCUCCUGGGACCACAAAGAGGGAUGUCGUUCGGACAGUUACGCUAAGUGAGCUCACACUGGGCACAGGGGGCUCUAGCUUCUGGCCACCGUCUGAGAGGCGGCGGCGGUGGGGAUGAGCACCGGACGCGCAAAUCGCCUGCCGCUAGCUAUCCCCGGGAGGUGGACACCAAGCAGGGCUCCUCGAAGGACCGCGCGGACCUUUACCUCCCCUGGGACGAGGUGGCGAAACCUCCUUGUUGCGCCUCGGGUCAGGAUGCUCUGGGUCCCUCCCUGCUGCUGAGAUGUUCUGCUGCGAGGCUCUGCCACUCUCAGCCGGGGUCUUAGGUGGGCACGACUGAGUGGGCCCGGCUUCAGCCCCUCGUCUAGGUGAAUGAAAAGUGUCGGAGGCAUUGUAUGGGAUCCGCGAUCUAAUUUUAAGAGCCAUGGACGAAGGGCCUGCGCAGUCCUGGGCCCGAGAGCAGCUGGAGGCACCUGCGGCGGUAGGAGCUGUCCGAGAGAAGAGUGAAUCAGAGACCUUCAGGUCUAAGAGUUUACCCGUCCUGCACAGUGCCUCCUGCCGGCCGAAUCUCAGUGCUGGGAAUGCAGAUGUCAAACUGGCCUUGGGCUGCACUGAAGCUUUGGGUCACCCGGAGAUACAUCAAGGAAGGAACUUGAUAGUCCCUAGUCCUUCUGCCCCAUCCACUUCGGCAGGGACUACAGCGGAAUUCAUGGACUGUAACCACAGGAUGGACCCCAGCAAGACUGUGUCAGUGUCUUCUACUCUGGCUACACUCCAGGAGAGAAGGUGCCUGCACGUGGUCCUUACGGAUUCUCGCUGCUUCCUAGUGUGCAUGUGUUUUCUGACAUUCAUCCAGGCGUUAAUGGUCUCUGGGUACCUGAGCAGUGUCAUCACCACCAUUGAAAGGCGCUAUAGCCUGAAGAGUUCUGAGUCAGGGCUGCUGGUCAGCUGCUUUGACAUAGGAAACCUGGUGGUGGUGGUGUUCGUCAGCUACUUUGGUGGCCGUGGGCGAAGGCCUCUAUGGCUGGCGGUGGGUGGACUUCUUAUCGCCGUCGGGGCUGCGCUCUUUGCCUUACCUCACUUCAUCUCGCCUCCCUACCAAAUCCAAGAGCUGAACGCUUCGGCCUCCAACGACGGCCUUUGUCAGAAUGGCAACUCCACGGCCACCUUAGAGCCUCCUCCAUGUCCCAAGGACUCCGGAGGAAAUAGUCACUGGGUCUAUGUGGCUUUAUUCGUUUGUGCACAGGUUCUCAUUGGAAUGGGCUCCACGCCGAUUUACACUCUGGGACCAACGUAUUUAGAUGACAACGUCAAGAAAGACAACGCAUCCUUGUACCUAGCCAUCAUGUACGUCAUGGGAGCACUUGGCCCCGCAGUAGGAUACUUACUAGGUGGGCUGCUCAUUGGCUUCUAUGUCGAUCCCAGAAGCCCUGUUCUCCUUGAUCAGAAUGACCCUCGUUUCAUUGGAAACUGGUGGAGUGGAUUCCUCCUUUGUGCCAUUGCAAUGUUUCUUGUGAUAUUCCCAAUGUUUACUUUUCCAAAAAAGCUUCCGCCUCGACACAAGAAAAAGAAAAAAUUUUCUGCUGAUGUCGUUGAUGACGAUGAUGUCAUCAAGGAGAAAUCAAAUACGAGCGAGCAAGUGAACAAAAAAGUUUCUUCAAUGGGCUUUGGAAAGAAUGUCAGAGACCUACCAAGAGCAGCUGUCAGGAUCUUAAGCAACAUGACAUUCCUUUUUGUGAGUUUGUCAUACACAGCUGAGAGUGCCAUUGUCACUGCUUUCAUUACCUUCAUCCCCAAGUUCAUCGAGUCACAGUUUGGUACCCCAGCUUCCAGUGCCAGCAUCUACACUGGUGUCAUCAUCGUCCCCAGCGCUGGCGUUGGCAUUGUCCUGGGAGGCUACAUCAUAAAAAAACUGAAGCUUGGUGCAAGAGAAUCCGCGAAACUAGCGAUGAUCUGCAGUGGGGUGUCUUUGCUGUGCUUCUCAACCUUGUUUAUUGUUGGAUGUGAAAGUAUUAAUCUAGGAGGCAUAAACAUCCCUUACACGACGGGACCUUCUCUGACCAUGCCGCAUAGGAACCUGACAGGAAGCUGCAAUGUGAACUGUGGCUGUAAAAUACAUGAAUAUGAGCCAGUCUGUGGAUCAGAUGGGAUCACAUACUUCAACCCGUGUCUGGCCGGCUGUGUUAACAGUGGUAACCUUACCACAGGGGUUCGGAAUUACACAGAGUGCACGUGUGUCCAAAGCCGACAGGUGAUCACCCCGCCCACAGUGGGACAGCGCAGCCAGCUCCGCGUGGUCAUUGUGAAGACCUAUCUCAAUGAGAACGGCUACGCUGUGUCCGGGAAGUGCAAACGCAGCUGCAACACCCUCAUCCCCUUCUUGGUCUUCCUUUUCAUAGUCACCUUCAUCACAGCAUGUGCUCAACCAUCAGCCAUUAUAGUCACACUCAGGUCUGUGGAAGAUGAGGAAAGGCCCUUUGCACUGGGGAUGCAGUUUGUUUUGUUGCGAACACUUGCUUACAUUCCUACUCCGAUUUACUUUGGGGCUGUGAUUGACACCACCUGUAUGCUCUGGCAGCAGGAGUGUGGAGUGCAGGGCUCUUGCUGGGAGUACAACGUGACAUCAUUUCGCUUUGUCUACUUCGGUCUGGCGGCCGGCCUCAAAUUUGUCGGCUUUAUUUUUAUUUUCCUGGCCUGGUACUCCAUCAAAUACAAAGAGGAUGAACUGCAGAGGCGGAGGCGCAGAGACUUGCCACUGAGCACUGUGAGUGAGCUAGUGGGUCAGCCCAACAAAGCUGAGAAAUAUGCCCGGACUACAUCAUGCCCCGCCUUCAGCACCCAGGGGGAAUUCCAUGAAGAAACUGUCCUGCAAAAGGGAUUCCCAGGCACCACACAGACAUAUCCUGGACCUUUCUCUGAAGCAAUAAGUUCCUCUGCAGACCCUGGGCUGGACGAGAGCCCUGAUGCUGCUCUGUAGUGUCCCUCUUGAAGCCUGGAAAAGGAAGACGACUUGCUUUGUUGGUUGGCUUGAGAAACACCUGUGCCUUCUUUUUCUUUUUGUAAACCUCCUCAGACACAAUCCUCAAACCAACAAAACUCAGUCUACACAGCCACUGUUGGCUGAGGGCUGGAUACCUCAACAAGACUGAGAGCCUUUCCCCUCUUUUCUCCAGGGAGGAGCUUACUUAGAUCCGUUGUCACUUCUGCUAGGUUCAUUUCGUGCCCACGCUGCUCCCCUGUAGGCGCCCGAGGCCCAUAGCUAACCACGGGGAAAGGCUAGGACCACACAUAUCACUAGCAUACGCUGCACACAGAGGUGAGGUGACCUCGGCUGGCUCUGCGUUUGCCAAGUCAGGGGUUUCAGACGCGAACACCUACUGUGAGAUCUGCUGCAAAGCACAAUUGAAUUCGCCUCAACUAUGCAAUCUGAUUGGAGAUAUGAAAGUGUGGUAUGCCCCUUUGGCUUUUAGAGAGUAAAGCAGAUACGAUUUUGAGAAAUGCAAGCUGAAUGUUCCCGGAAGCACUGUUCAUACAUAGCAUUUUAAGCCAUAGCAGACUUAUCAAUCAGGCAGAACAUGUCAAAUGCUUCAGAGAACUGUGUACCACAACGAAGUGAAUGACUACAGGAUUUCGUAAGACGUAUUUUCUCUUAGUCUGUUCACUCCAGAUCAAGAGUCUGCUGAGUAUAUAAACUGCAGUAUUCUUUCAUACGGGGCUUUAAUACUAGUGUGCUAAACAAUAUGGCUAGAAACUGUAAUUUGAGAUCCAUAAUAUAAGGAAGGAAAUGACGGCUUUCUCAUCUGAAGAAAUGGCUGUCAAAACUCUUUCAACUCUUAAGGGCCCACUAAAAGAAGCUACAAGUUCCUACUACCUUGACAUUCAAAGUAGUUGGUAAAGAAAUUCCCAAGGUAAGAUUGAGUCCCAGCUGGGGAAUUUCACUUAUAUCUUCAACAUACUGGCAAAUCUCUAUUGAUUUUUUUUUUCUGUGUAGAAAAUGGCCAUGGUUGCUUCAGUCAGGAAAGCUGUAUGUGGGAUAUGAAAAUCACUACCUAGGAGAUGGUAGAUUUGUCAGCUGAACACAGAAUGUGAUCAUCCUUUAAGUAUUUAGAAUGAUAAAACAA